AAAUAAAAGGACCAUACCCAUACCCAUACCCAUUGUACAUUAAAGAAAACAAGAGUCACAGUAUCCAAGCUUAAUAUCAACGCCACUUCUACAAAAACACAUCAAUUUAUCAACCCCAUUUCCAUUUCACAUAUCUUGAACAAAGUUUUUGUGUGAAAUAGUAGCAAUUAGCAGUAGGAAAUUUAAAGAUGUCAUGGCAAACGUAUGUUGAUGAUCAUUUGAUGUGUGAGAUUGAAGGUAAUUACCUCACUUCUGCUGCUAUUAUCGGCCAAGACGGUACCGUUUGGGCACAAUCCAACAAUUUCCCUCAGUUUAAACCAGAAGAAAUAACAGCCAUAAUGAAUGACUUUGCGGAACCUGGAACACUUGCUCCAACUGGUUUACAUCUCGGGGGAACAAAGUAUAUGGUGAUUCAAGGAGAGGCAGGAGCUGUUAUACGAGGCAAAAAGGGUCCCGGUGGUAUCACGGUUAAGAAGACCAACCAGGCUUUGAUCAUUGGAAUAUAUGGCGAGCCGAUGACUCCUGGGCAGUGCAAUAUGAUUGUCGAAAGGCUGGGUGACUAUCUCAUUGAGCAAGGUCUCUAGACAUACUAGUAGUGUAUUAAUAUCCUACGUAAUUGAGGCCGUGAAGAAGUCUUGUGUGCUGUACGGGGGAGAGUUUCGAUCUUUCUGUGUAUCAACUAUAUGCAGUCAUUGUAACAUUUUUCUUUGUUUUUCCUCGUGAGCUUUUGUCAUUGACCUAUUGGUUGAUUAUUAUAAUGGAAUGGCUUAUACUUGAAUAUUUAGCUUUGGUUA